GAUCAUGACACAUGUUGAUUUCCUAAAUCCUUUUUCUUCACACCACCGGUGAACCAUUAUGGCUGACAAGUUCACAGCAGCUAUGAAGGGUUAGGUGCAAGGUGUGCCUGAGGAUUUUCAAUAUUCGGCCUAAUUCCUCAACCUAACCAUGACUACACCGACCCUUCGUCAGUUGAUCCAGGCUAAAUUAGCUUCUGGAGAUUCGGUCGUCGCUGUUCACGAGGUAAGUCAGAUGAAAGAAUGGGUUCGGACGUCUCGGUACCUGGCCCUGCUGGAGCACCCUGCAAGCAACAGCUAUGCCCUGUUUGUGUUUGUCAGCUCUGCCAUCCCUCCAAUCGCUGCUAGCGAGCUCAGUUUCGAGCGGAUCGUCCCACUCGGGCCGGACUUCAAAUGCAACAUUGGUACUGAUGCUCUCGAAUUGAGCCAGACCAAUUCCUCAACUUGCUUUUCAGAGUCUGAGCAGGACCAGAGCGAUGUCUACCUGCACAUUUCCAAGCAGAAGUUGAAACUGCUCUUCGAAAUGGUGCCUGGAGAACCGACGAGCUCUUUUGUCGGGGAAAUAUUCCGCUGCAUGGAAUUGGUAUCAAAAGGUCGGGGACCUCCACCGGAUGCAAGCUGGACAUCAAAGUAUGAAGUCAAAUGUGUUGAGGAUCCAGAACUGGAUAAAAACUUGGUCGAGCUUAGAAAUGAAACUCUGAGAGUUUUGAAGACUCGCAGUUGCUACUUGUCAGCCCUGGAGUUGGAAAGCGGAGAAUUGGUGGUACCUCGGCAGAGCAUCGCCAAGGGGACAACGCCUAUUGCAGCCAGGGAAAGCGUUAUCCGCUAUCAGAUGUCUAUGAAAGAGGAUGACUACACCCAUAUCCAGAACUUUAAAAUUUUUGUUGGUACGUGGAACGUGAAUGGCCAGCCACCUACAAUUGGCCUCAGAGAAUGGCUGUGUGUUGACGCUGAGCCGCCAGACAUCUAUGCUGUGGGAUUUCAAGAGUUAGACCUGAGAAAAGAAGCAUUCCUAUUCAACGACACCCCACGAGAAGGAGAGUGGCUAGCGGCUGUGUCCAAAGCGCUUCAUCCCGGCGCCAAAUACAGAAAGGUCCAGUUGGUGCGACUUGUUGGCAUGAUGCUGAUCGUUUUUGUUAAAGAAUCUUUAGUGCCACACAUUAAGCUUGUUGCUGCGGAAACAGUUGGAACCGGAAUUGCCGGCAGAAUGGGUAACAAGGGUGGUGUGGCAAUGCGUUUCGAGUUGCACAACACAUCACUGUGUUUUGUGAACUCGCAUUUAGCAGCCCACGUUGAGGAGUUUGAACGACGAAACCAGGAUUAUCAUGACAUCUGCCAGAGACUAACCUUUGGGCAACUCCUUCCAAGGAAGAGCAUCAAAGAUCAUGAUCAAGUUUACUGGCUAGGGGACCUGAAUUACCGCAUCACAGAAAUGGACCCUCAGCUAGCAAAGCAUCUCAUUGCCUCUGAGCGUUACUUACCAGUGUUCGAGAUGGAUCAGCUCAAGUUGCAACACGAGAAGAAAAAUGUCUUUGUUGGUUAUCAAGAGGGAGAAAUCAACUUUAAGCCUACAUACAAAUACGAUCCCGGAACUGACGAAUGGGAUUCUAGUGAGAAAAACAGGGCGCCGGCCUGGUGUGAUAGAGUGCUGUGGAAGGGCGAGGGAAUCAAACAAUUGGUCUACAGAAGUCACCCAGAGUUACGAAUCAGCGACCACAAGCCUGUCAGUUCUCUAUUUGAAUCAGAGAUCAGAGUGAUUGACAUAGUCAAGUACAGAAAAAUUCAUGAAGAUGUAAUGAAAAAGCUCGACAAGCUGGAGAAUGAAUUUUUACCCCAGGUCAUGGUUGAUAAUACAGAAAUCAUUCUUGAUACUGUUCGAUACUUGGAGCCUCAAAAGAAAGAACUUAUUAUCGCCAACACUGGACAGGUCCCUGUUCAGUUUGAAUUCAUAAAGAAACUUGAUGACCGGAGUUUUUGCAAGGAAUGGCUCAAUAUUGAACCUUACCUUGGAUUUAUCAUGCCAGGAGAUAAAUGUGACAUCCUCUUAGAGGUGUUUGUUGACAAGAAGUCUGCUUGUAAAUUGAACUCUGGAGAGGACAAACUUUAUGACAUUCUUGUGCUGCAUCUGGAAGGGGGUAAAGACAUUUUCAUCACAGUCACUGGCACCUACGAACGCAGCUGCUUUGGCAUGUCCAUCGAGGCGCUUGUCUACAUGCCGCUGCCCAUCCGAGAGGUGCCCAUCAAAAAGCUCAUGGAUCUCGAAGCACAAGCAGGAAAUGAUCCCCCAAAAGAUCAAACACCACUGCCUGUUCCAAAAGAAGUUUGGUUUCUUGUGGAUCAUUUGUACAAACUGGGCCUCGAACAGCAGCAUCUGUUUGAGCACCCAGGUUUGCACACGGAGCUCAUUCAAAUUCGAAAUUGGUUAGACGAGGGUUCAACUGACCCAAUACCUGGAAGUGUGCACUCAGUUGCCGAAGCGCUCCUACUGUUGCUUGAGUCUACUGCAGAGCCAGUGGUGCCUUUUUCGCUCCACGCUAAGUGUCUUGACGCAUCUUCAAACUACGCCCAAUCUAAAGAGAUUGUAAACCAACUACCUGUCCACCGAAAAAAUGUUUUCUUGUACUUGUGCUCAUUUUUACAAGAGCUUUUAAAUUAUUCAAACCGAAAUGGACUUGAUGCCAAAACAUUAGCAACCCUUUUUGGUGGUGUAUUCCUGAGAGAACCACCGAGGACAAGUAACAUGCAAAGACAACAAGCAGCUGACCGUAAAAAAGCCAGUUUUGUUUACAACUUCCUUGUCAAUAGCCAUACAGACUUCAUAGAUUCGCACUGAGGUCAAAUUUUUAAUCAAUCGCUAUACAGUCAGUCAUUUUCUUUGUAAUACACAUUCCGCUUCUUUCUCACCAUUAGCAUAUUAAUUGACUGGCUCAGGUCAUAGCCUUAAGGCAGCAUUUUUUGUUAUAGAAAUAAAUGUCCCUCCUAGAAGUCUUAAUAUAUCAUGUGAUUGAAAUAGUAUGAAAAUUAUUUAGAUAAUGCUUAUUGAUUUUGCGCUUUUGGUGUUAAUUGAAAUGUUCAUUAAUAAAUAAAUUUCUAAAAAUAUUGACUUAAACCAAAUUUAUUGUAAU